GUGCUAGUUGCGUCGCCAAUGGGUGCUUGCAGAAGGGCGAGGAGAGCGCUGGCGCGAUUGAUGACGGUUCGUCGGGCUGACCGUUGAUUUUCGUUUUCCUCUUGCCGCCGAGUGGCCAAAGGGUUUGGUGCAGCGAUACGAGGCGGGAGGGGUUCUUGCCUGCAGGCGAUACGAGGUGCUUUCAGUGAAAUGAAUGGAGGCCUUGCAUAACCAUUCGGAAUUUUACUUUUUCCAUUAACCUUAGUGCAUCCUUAUAGAUACAAUAAUGGAGUAUCUUAUGUCUUCUAAGAAGACUGACAAUUCCUCUCAACAGGAAGAAAGUGAAGAUGAUAUUGAAUUUGUUAGUGAAAGUGUAUCGAGACCUGUCCUGGAAUGCAUCGAUCUUAGUAAUGAAGAGGAAUUUGAUAUCUCUUCUGAAAAAAACAUAAGACACAAAGACCUUGUUGAUUAUCAGAAAGCAAAAGUUGCUUCGACCCUAGAUCGCUUGGCACGCCAUGUAGAAGUAGAGAAACAGCUGAAGAAAGAGAAGAACAAAUCUUUCAAGGAAAAAGUGGAUUCACAACAUGCUCAUGGGCUGCGAGAACUGGAAUUUAUCCGGGGACAUAGUGACACAGAAGCAGCAAGGUUGUGUGUGAAUCAGUGGCUAAAAAUGCCAGGUCUCAAGCCAGGCACUGUAAACUCAGGAAGGAGAACAUUAUCUCAAAACUCAGAUCAGAUCCCAUCUAACAGCAAAUCCAUUUUAUGUCCCAUUAUGCACUGCAAUAGAAAGUUUGACAAUGGGCAUUUACUGCUAGGUCAUCUUAAAAGGUUUGAUCAUUCUCCAUGUGAUCCCACAAUUACUCUACAUGGAGCUCCAGCUAAUAUGUUUGCCUGCAUAAUCUGUCGCAAGAGAUUUCCAAGUAAUCAGCAAUAUAGUGCACACCUUUUGUCUAAGGCUGGUGAAAAUGAUGGCCAUGAGAGAAAUUACCCUCCUCAGCUUAUUCAGUGCUUUGCGUGUCCUUGCUGUUUUCUCCUCUUUAACAUAAGAGAUGAAUGUCUGCAGCAUAUGUCUGGAAAAAAACAUUUUUCUCAUGCUUUUAAAUUGAGUGAUAAAUCAGGGAGGCCACUUCCGUUGCCUUUGCCAGCCUACGCAAAGAAUCUUCUAAUCUCCUUAUGCAAAGAAGUUCCCUUCCAAGUGCAAUGCACAACCUGUCAUCAGGUUUUGCAGUCCCACAUAGAGCUCACGGCACACUUCAGAAUCCAUUGUCGUAAUGCUGGCCCCAUAGCUGUAUCGAAGAAGUGCAUCUCCGAAAUUGCAGAAAUACUGAAAGCCAAAGGUUUCUGUCAAGGUUGUGAUACAUUGUUUGUCAAUGAUGACCAAAUUAUUCAUCAUAGUUGCAGAAAUGUUGCCAAGAUUAAACAUAUCACCACAAUGGAGGAAUCCAUAUUAUUAUUUUGUCACAUCAAUGAACGGAAUAAAAAUGUUCCUCACCUGCAAAAUAAUGCAAGCCUUUUGAAAUUUUCCCUGAAGAGACAUUUGGGAUUGAAUGGCAAUAAGAAUGAAACUGUUUCAAGAUGGAAAAAGGAUUUGCAAGGCAACAGUGAAGCCAUUCACAGAGCUCCUAUUGUCAAAACCUGGGUAUGCCAGUGUGAUCUGGCAUUUCUUUCUGAAGAAUUGGCAGAAAAACACAUUUUUUCUGAAAACAGAAUCUGCUACAAGUGUGCCGUAUGUGGGAAACUUGCAGAAAAUUCGAGCAUUAUCCGCUUGCACAUGAGCCGUUUCCAUGGAGGAGCACAUUUGACUAACUUCAUCUUCUCAUGCCAAAUUUGCGAAGUAGCCCUUCAGAAAGAAGAAGAUGUCUUUAUCCAUGUAACAGGACUUCAUGAUGGACAUAACUUCUAUUUUGAGAAAGACACUGCUGAAGAUGAGGUAACAGUACCUUCUGAUUCACAGUACGACACUUGGAUUAAACAAGAAGGCCAAACUUCAAGCCUUAUCGAACUUUCUCCAGACCAAACUCAGAUGGAAGUUGAUGAGAGUCCUUCCCAAUGGCAAUGUAAGAUAUGUGAGGAAAUAUUUAACUCAGAGGACAGCGUGAAAGAACAUUGCAAAUCACUAGAGAGUCAUCAUUAUCACCGAUACAGCUGUGGCUUGUGCAAAAUGACUUUUCGGAAAAUGGAAACACUGCAGCGACACUGCCAGGGAAAACAUAACAAUGUUAUACAGAUUAAAUACUUCUGUGGAUUUUGUGGUGAUCUCUUCUUUGAUGGUGAGGAGGAAUUUUUACUUCACUUCAAGGGCACACAUAGCAUGGAUUACGUGUGUGUGUCUGAGACAUCAGAAACCUCAAUCAAAAAUGAUGAAAUAGUAGAAGAAGGUAGCCUUCUAAACUGUGGUUGUCGUGAGAAAUAUGUUUGCAAAAAAAACAGGAAGUUCGACCACAAGAAAUGUCAAGAAGCCAUGUUGGAAAAAGGAAACAUUUGGUUUCGUUGCACUUCAUGCUCUGCUACAACACAAAUCUAUUCUGACAUGAUAGCUCAUAUCACAAGCCACCCAAGCAAAGAAACUGCUCAAGAUUUCUAUGUAGUCAGGUGUGGUUCAUGUAACAAACAUUUUAAUAGUAUUGCUGUUGCUCAUCAGCACUUCCAUGAUAAACACUGCUUUUUACAAAAGCCUCAAAUAUCUUUUGGGUCACAAGCAGAAAAUAAUGUCUUCCAUUUCUCUGCUGUGAGGUCCUGUUCAGAGAAGGAUGUAACUUUACAUUCUUCAGAUGUAAAAAGGUUGAAGUUGGAGGAUGCAAAGAAAGAACAAGCUAGAAAGCUUCCUGAAUUGAUUGAACAAGAUGAAGGCAAUCUUCCUGACCUUGAUUAUUUAUGCACUAUGACUCACAUUGUAAUGAUGGAUUUAGAUAAUUGGGGAAGCUUUUUUGAUCAACUGCCUGCAACCCUCAAUCAAGGAACUUUUGUUUGGGGCUUUCAGGGUGGAUAUACUCAUUGGAAACCCCCUGUGAACUGCAAGGUCUUUAAUUAUCUUAACAAGAUUGGGUGUUUUUUUCUUCAUCCACGCUGUGGUAGAAGGAGAGAGGCUGCUGAUUUUGCAAUCUGUGUACAUGUGGGCCGCUUAGAUGAACAUCUGCCAAAACAUAUUCCUUUCACCAUUCUUUCUGGAGACAAAAGCUUCCUAGAAUUGGAAAAUCAGCUUAAGAUGACUCAGCGGGUAACCCGCAUUCUAGAUCCUCAUAAGAUUGAUGCUGACAUGAUGUGUACUAUAUUAAACAGCAUUUCGGAUACAGUCAAAGAAAAUGAAGAGAUUGAUAUUCAAAUGGCAACGGAACAGAUUUUGCAACAAAGAAAUGGCCAAAAUGGCAUGUAUCCUCAAGAUUUCUUCCUAUUAUGGAUAGCAAGAGUAAUGUUCACCUGGAAAUGUAUGGUUUUUCAGUUGUGUGGAAUAGAGCACUAAUUAGAUACAUAUGAUGAUGAUGAAUUUCAAGAGGCAAUUAGGCGAAGUCUUGAGGAAAAGUGAAGAUGUCCAAAGAUGGGUAUACCAAAACAUCUACCUGACUUCAAAGAAAUUGAAAUUUGUUCACCAUUUUAUAAAAACAUUAAAAAUGUACUGGCUAUUAUUUCAGCAUUUCAGUGGCACUGUACAAAACUGAGCUCUUUCAUCAAGCAUUAGCAGAGUUGAGAACCAGUUGUGAAAUGUAACUAAUGGGAUUUCAAUCAUUCCUUCUCAUGACUUAAGCAGUAAAGUUUUAAAAUGUGAUCUGGCCAAGCUUAUUUUAAAAAUACAAGAACAUGGCAAUUCUGCUGAGUCACAAGAGCUAUUAACUAUUUUUUUUUCUAUCUGACCUGAAAACUCAUCAUUAUGAUUUAUGUUGCUUGCUUUUUAAACUGUUCUUUUCUGGACUUUAAUGUUUUACUUCUACUGUUCUGUUGACCUUAUUUUGUAGUGCAAGAAUUGCAGUAGAUACAGGUAUUAAUCCAGAAUGUCUAGAGUGCCUUUUCUUUCUUCAUCACUUUCUGAGGUGAAGUUAAGACAUUAUCCUGAAGAUUACAGUCCAUAGGCAAAUUUGCAAGGGAUCUGUUGAAAUUCACUUAAAUUUGAGGUCCAAGAAUUAGUUACUGUUAGCUGUCUGUUCAUUCUUAUGUAUGUUUAAUGUGAAUGAAUACAAUGCCAAAUAGACUUUGAAUGUUUGUAUAUUUUGUUUCCUGUUUUUAAUAGUAUUUUCCUGUUUGUUUUUGACAACAUUUCAAUGUAACUUCAGGAAGAUGAAGCCCUUAUGUUUUAAACAUGUUUGCAUUUCUCAGAGCACAAUUAUAUACUUCAGCAUAAUUAAAAUAUCAGCUAUUGUUCUGUAGAUUCUCAUAUCAGUCAAAUAAUAUUUGAAAGCUUUCAUUUUCAUUUUUAUAAGUUCAUAAAUUCAAUUUGGUUUAGUUUGUCUAAAUGCACUGUUUACAGAGAAGUAGAAUGGUAUGAACUCAAUAAUAGUAAUGCAUUAUCAUACAAUGACUACUUAAGGAAAUAAUGCAAGAGUUAGUACUAUCUCUUAUAAAAACUUCUAUGCUUAAAAUGUUUGUCAUUUAGAAAUGGUCUCAUACACUCAAAUGAGUGAUUU